AUGACCCCAUUGUACGGACCUACCUACGUCCAGACCAGUUCGUGGUUAUCUUACCUAACCUCCGUUGCGGCUAUCAAGGCUGUCGGAACCCUCCUCUCAGCCCACCAAGCUCCCUCUACCCUUUCGUCUGCUCUGACCGGCUGUCCCCACGAGCGCCAACAGUUGGCCGAACCGCCCAGCCAGUUCUGCAGCCGGCACUGUUGCCGCGUCGGCACUUGUUCAAGUGCGGUACACGAUGCCUCAAACCACAACUCCCAUUUUUGCGAGGCGCACGAGUGCAACUUUGCCGGUUGCUUUCGCCGCGGAGACACCCGAGGCGGGUACUGUGACCUCCACGGCUGCCAGGCACCGGGCUGUGCCAACACCAAGCUGCAGAGGGGCAACUUUUGCAGCGACCACAAGUGCAGGCAAGGCAGCUGCCUGGCGCUUUCACAACAGCCUCGCGCAUUCUGCCGCGAUCACAACUGCAUUGUUCAAGGUUGCCCACUCGAGAAGGCUGAUCCAACACUUGCCCUGGGUCUAUGCAUCAAUCAUUUCCGGGGCCAUGUUGACCGGGAAAGGGAGGCCGCUCGCGACAUCGAGCGCAACUUGUGGCAGCAGAGACUCCGUGAUGAAGAAAUUUCUCGUUACAUCGCACGAAAGCUCAGAGAGAUGCACAUGAGGCAAGGUGUCGAGAGCGACGCCCUAGAACAGGGUCGAGGCUUCCGCGGAGCUACGCAUGAGUACGGGGAACAGUCAGCCCAGAUGCGUCGGAGACACAGACGGGAGUGUCGCGAACUCAAACUUCGUUGGGAACGCAUAUUUGCUCGCGGCGACAUGGAUCAGUAUCUCGACCGGGCCAUUAGAUCCCGCAUGACCCAAGCUAGGAGGCCUCAUGAGCGCUCAAACUCCGACGAGAGUUCUAGAAUCAGCUCACAUCCUAGCUCGGAGACUGCGUGGUAG